GUCGCGGGCGGGGCGGGGCUCUUUCGCAAUCCGUCAGCGCCGGAAGCGGCGCCGCGCGGCCGUGACGUCACCGCUUCCUUCUUUCCGGGGGAGGCCGCACCGAGGGCGCCAUGGGACGCGUCAUCCGCGGGCAGAGGAAAGGCGCGGGCUCCGUGUUCCGCGCACACGUGAAGCACAGGAAGGGCCCGGCCAAGCUCCGCGCCGUGGACUUCGCCGAGCGGCACGGAUACAUCAAGGGCAUCGUCAAGGACAUUAUCCAUGACCCAGGCCGGGGCGCUCCCCUGGCCAAGAUCGCGUUCCGUGACCCGUACCGGUUCAAGAAGCGCACGGAGCUGUUCAUCGCCGCCGAGGGCAUCCACACCGGCCAGUUCGUGUACUGUGGCAAGAAAGCUCAGCUGAACAUCGGUAAUGUCCUGCCUGUGGGCACCAUGCCAGAGGGCACCAUCGUGUGCUGCCUGGAGGAGAAGCCCGGUGACCGUGGGAAGCUGGCACGUGCCUCUGGGAACUACGCCACAGUCAUCUCUCACAACCCUGAAACGAAGAAAACCAGAGUGAAGCUGCCCUCUGGCUCCAAGAAAGUGAUUUCUUCUGCAAACAGAGCUGUUGUUGGAAUCGUUGCCGGCGGAGGCCGUAUUGACAAGCCCAUCCUGAAGGCUGGCAGGGCCUACCACAAGUACAAGGCCAAGAGGAACUGCUGGCCACGUGUCCGUGGUGUGGCCAUGAACCCUGUAGAACAUCCCUUCGGAGGGGGUAACCACCAGCACAUCGGGAAGCCCUCGACCAUCCGGAGAGACGCUCCCGCCGGGCGCAAGGUCGGUCUCAUCGCUGCCCGUCGCACAGGCAGGCUGAGGGGAACAAAGACUGUGCAGGAGAAGGAGAACUAAACAACCUCUGUGGAGGUUACACAAUAAAUUCGUCCCAACAGA